CCUUUUCGAAAUAUUUAUUGAAGUUAUGGUACAAUGUUAUUUUUUUUUGUAAACAUUUUAUUAAUUUUAGGCAGUGUCCCACUGCUGGUAAAUAUAAGAUUGGUAAGGUACUAAACCAAAUUGUCUCCCCCUUAAAAUUAAUAUUUGGUUUCCAUUUUACAAGGUUGAAAACAUUGUUAAUAUAAAAAAUACAAGCAAUUCUAAGGCAUAAUAAAUAGACAUAUGUACAACUAAGAACCCACAUUAGCUAAAUGUGUACAAGAAGUAGUUUAAAUAAGGUAUAAGUAAAUGUACCUCUAACAACAAUGUACCAAAAGUAAAACAAAUUCCUUUGUAAUGGUAAUUCAAAUUCACACUAAAUAUUUGUUAAAUGCGAAAAAAUCUUAUUAUCAUAAGUUAUACAUUUGGUCAACAACAUAUCUACGUUUGUUUGGAUGCGAGGCCUCGAAAUAGGACAUUUACAAGUAGAAUAGUCGUGUGUUUCACACAUGUUUUAAGACAUAACGCGAAAUUAAAGCAAAUAAAAAUUAAAAUCUAAUCUUGAAAAAUGAUAAUGAUUCAUAAUGGUUGUUGUUGUGAUCACUGUUAAAAAAUAUAAUGAAAUUGUUAAUAAGAGCGGAGUCUAAGCAUAUAUUAGUAUAAAGUCACAUUAUAAAAAGAAAUCAUGACAAGAAAACUCUUUACCGGUAACUCAUAUCUUUUCUUAUUUUGUAUGCUAUGUGGGGGCAGCUUCCUAUUUUGGCCAAUUUACGACAUCAAAGAAAAUACUACAAAGUCAGAAAUAAUCCUGGACUACCAGCUAUUAGAGUCUGCAGAUUUUAAACAACAAUUUACAAUUACAACGCCUGGCUGUGAAAUUCCGUCGAUGAAACCUUUGGAUUCCAGUAUAAAAAAGUUUGUUAUUUCUCCAAAUCCUGAACAGUGUGACGAAUCCUCAGCUAAUUUGCUUGACCACAACGAGACACAUAUAUGGACAAGAAAGGAAAUAUCUCAAGAAUAUGAUGUUCUAAAAUGUUGCUACAGAGCUUUUAACCGAACACAAUUAGUACGCCUCGGAUCCGAUACAGUCGACGAAAGAGUAUUUUAUCAAAGUUGCAGAAAUUUCUCUAAUCAUAUCACCGCCAAUGACGAAUUUGUGCGGGUUACGUGUUACAACUCAAGUAUAGAAAUUCAUGACCAGUUCUUUUUGUAUGCUCCCAAGAAAGUGUUUAUGAAACACAACGGCAUACAGGAAUCAAGUGCAGAAUUAGGGUACAAUGUCUUAGUAAUGGGAAUCGAUGCAGUUUCGCGAUUAAAUCUUUAUAGGACUAUGCCGAAAACAAUGAGAUACUUGAAAAAUAACAGCGCAGUCGAAUUGAUAGGAUACAACAAAGUUGGCGAUAAUACUUUCCCAAACUUAAUACCGAUGUUACUGGGUAUUUCUGUUCAAGAGUUGCCUCGAACCUGUAUGCCGCAUAAGGGAUCGACAUUCGAUAAUUGUCCUUUUGUAUGGGAGUGGUUUAAACAGGCUGGGUACUACACUGCACUCGGUGAGGACAGUUCGUGGCUGGGAACAUUCAAUUACCUGAGGGGCGGAUUUCUCAACACCCCAACCGAUUACUAUAUCCAUACAUUUAUUAGUGAAGUGGAAAAACUGAUGAAGAAACGCAAAAAAACUUUAUGUUCAAACGAUAAAUAUUUAUUUCAAAUGCUACUGGAUUACGCCCAAGAUUUGACAACGACGUUGAAAGCUAACAAACUAUUUGGUUUCUUUUGGGAGAUCACCAUGAGUCACGACUAUUUGAACAACGCCGCAGUGAUGGAUGAAAGUUAUUUAAAAUUUUUGAACACAUUAGAAGCUAAUGAAUAUUUGGAAAAAACCGUUUUAAUUUUAGUGAGUGACCAUGGUAUGCGAUGGGGGCAGAUCAGAUCCACCAAACAAGGUCGUCUCGAGGAACGCUUGCCUUUUGUUUUCAUAUUAGCACCGCCUUCCUUUCGAGAAAACUAUGCUGAAGCUUACAAUAACCUUCAAAUAAAUAGUAAACGUUUGACGACUCCAUUCAAUUUAAACGCUAUGUUAAACGAUUUGGUAAACCUAGAUAAUAUAAAUAAUGAGAAGAUAUUAGCUAAAAGUAAAGAGAACUAUUGGCGUAAUAGAAACAUUAGUUUAUUUUUACCUAUACCUAUGAAUAGGACGUGUCAACUAGCAGGCAUAAGUGAUCACUGGUGCACUUGUCACAAAGACAUACCAAUCUCUAAGGAAAAUGUAUUUGUGAAGAAAGGAUCAGAGUAUAUGAUUACAUAUAUCAAUAAUAUGUUAAACACAUAUCGGCAGUGUGCGCAAUUGACUAUAGCGGAAUUGUUGGAAGCAAGGGAAAUGAUUGCAGGAGAAGCUGAAAAGGAUGAAGUGGGAUGGAGGGAGUUUCUUAUAGUAGCGCGUACUAAACCAGGAGACGCAGAAUUCGAGGCUACUUUGCGACGCCAUGAUGACGGCCAGUGGGCGCUGGCGGGGCAAGUUAGUCGGCUCAACCUGUACGGAAACCAAAGCUAUUGCGUUGAUGAUAAUCUGCUCAAAUUAUAUUGUUACUGUGUGUAAGAAACUUUCUGCUCAAGAUAUGAGAACUUCCGUGUGGAAUAUUACGCGCACUGCUAUGGCCAUCUCCGACAACAGGAGGACUGAUGUAAUAGCUUAAACAAUCCACAGGACAAGUUCCUAAAUAUUAAACAAAUAAACACUAAAUAACA